AAGAAGCUGAAAUUAAAAAAUAAGACAAUGGAGAAGACGAACCAAAAGCAUUUUGUGCUUGUGCAUUCGCUCUGCCAUGGCGCAUGGAGUUGGUACAAGGUGAAAACACAGCUAGAGGCUGCAGGGCACUAUGUCACUGCAAUGGAUCUGGCUGCUUCGGGUAUCAACAUGACCAGAGUGGAAGAGAUUCAGACUUUGACGGAUUAUACAAAGCCGUUGCUCGAGAUUAUGAGCUUGCUUGGCUUGGAAGAAAAGGUGAUUCUUGUUGCUCAUAGCAUGGGAGGAAUACCGGCUGCUCUUGCCGCCGACAUCUUCCCUCGUAAGAUCGCUGCUAUUGUCUUCUUGACAUCUUCGAUGCCCGACACAAGAAAUCCACCUGCUUACGUUUUCCAAAAGGUUAUGGCGAGCAUUCCACAAGAAGAUUUUUUGGACACCGUGUAUGGAAGCUAUGGGACACCUGAUCGUCCUCUACAAACUGUUCUUUUUGGACCAGAGUUCAUGGCCAAGAAACUGUAUCAAAUGUCUCCGGUUGAAGAUCUUGAAUUGGCGAAGAUGUUGGUCAGGGUAAACCCAUCCGUUACAGACAAUCUUGCAGGGACAAGAAGCUUUACUCAGGAAGGGUAUGGAUCGGUUACACGUAUUUAUAUUAUAUGCGGAGAGGAUAAUAUAGUAACUGUGGAAACCCAGCGUUGGAUAAUCAGCAACUUUCCGCCAAAAGAAGUCAUGGAAAUCAAAGAUGCAGAUCAUAUGGCUAUGAACUCCAAGCCUCAAGAACUCUGUGCUCGUCUCUUGGAAAUUGCAGCUAAAUAUACAUAAAUCAACCUGAGAUCAUCACCACAGAUUCGUUAUGGACUACAGCAUCCCCCACAGUAAUUAAGCUAUAUGAAAAUACAUGUACAUGUAUGAGAAUUGAGAACUAUGCAAUUGAUACUUUUAAAUAAAUAAAGAGAACGUUUAUGCAUAUUUAGCUG